AUGUUUUUCAAACCAGCUCUCCUCGUCACUGCAAUUCUUGCGACUGCUCUAGCAUUGGAAGAGCACUAUGACCGUGAAGGGAACAAAAUGCAUUACUGUCCAUCGUGUGCCACCAAGGGAUAUGUUCUCAAGCGCUGGCUGAUGCAACACUCGGAAUCCGGACAGUCCAUGGGAUGGUUUGAUUGGAGAGGAAGCAAUUGUGAGGAAGGAGUUGUGUUUGUAGUCCCGUGUAGCAACGCGUGUUUGACGGUUACUGUGGAAAAGCAAAAAGGAGGCACCGAGUAUGAGUAUGUAGGAAGCAUGCAAGAAUGCUCAGACCAAAUGAUCCAUGGUAGCCCAGAUCUUCCCGGAGGAACCGAUUACAAAGCUUACAAUAAAUCCAAAGUAUUUGUUGCCAAAAGAAUGGGACAUCGCAUCACCUACAACUUCACUCGUCAAAGCUACAUUGAUAUUCAUUCCAGUAUGACUUAUGAUAUCAAGGAUCAUGAAGUGGUGGUUCUCACGGAGAGAAAGAUCAGAAAACUGAGUGCAUGGACCUAUAGAGACUGGCUCAUGGUUGCUUCACUUGUCAUCAUGGGCUGUUUGAUUUCAUGUUGUUGCAGAGCGCUCUUUUGUCAGGUUAAGGCUUCGAAGCCAAGUGUGAUUCGAAGAGCUGAUGGAGUGGAAGACAUUAGAUGCGAAGUUCUAACUGAACAAAAUCCAACUGCACCGGAGGAAGAGAAGGAAGUUGAGCAGGUAAUGGAGAAGAAGAAAGAGGACGGUGAAAUGGAUAUCGCUGAAGAACCCGUUGCCAAGGAAGAUAGUCCAGUUUAA